CGGCGUUGCUAUGGUGACCGCCCCAGCUGUUCUCUGACUGGGGAAGUAGAGAGAAGUGAGGGGAGAGAGAAGCGGCGGGACAGCGGCAUGUGAAAGCGGGAACGGGCUCAGCGGGGACAGAACUGAGGGAGACCCGGUCGGUGGACGCAGGGAUAUUCCUGCUGAAGUAACAAGUAGAUUUUAUAAAAAGAAAAGAAAAUGCCCUUGUGCCUCUUUGAGUGCCUUUGUGAGGCAGAUCUGCAGCAGUACUAUCCCCAUUUUGCAGCUGUUGGCCUCCAAAAAAUAGACGAGCUUGCGCAGAUCACCAUGAAGGAUUACUCCAGGCUGGGGGUUGAAAGGAUGGAGGAUCGCAAGCGUCUUUUUCAGCUCAUCCAGGUCAUACAGAGUGUGGCGCAAGAAGAGAAGAAAGAGAGGACCCCACUACAGCCUGGUUGUGUCUACCCCCAGCUCCCAUACGAUGGAUCAGGUGCUAGGAGACAGCUACAGUUUGAUGCCUCCAUAGAGGCACAGUCUCACUUGCAUGACUUUUCUCAUAAGCAUUCUGUGAAUAACCCUGGGGACUCUGUUAGUAUGGCCUCUCCUGCAGAUCCACGUUACUGUAGAAAUAUCAAUAGCAGUGGCACAGAGGCUGGCCCCACGGGCAGUGCAAAGAAACAGAACACUAAAACACCUCUACACAGAGGAUCAGCACCAGACCUCAGUGAUGGGGACAUCCCCGUUAUCCACAGAGUAGCUCAUGUUUUGGGCUACAACUAUGGCGUUCCUCAGACUUGCACAAGGCUGGAACCUACAGAGAAAAAGGGACCUUGGACAGAAACCGACCGAAUUCGCGUGUGCGUCCGCAAACGUCCUCUGAGUUCCCGUGAAGAGCGUCGAGGGGAAGUUAAUGUUGUCUCAACAGAAGAUAAAGAAUCUAUAACAAUAUAUGAGAGAAAGGAAGCCGUCAACCUUAAAGAAUAUCUUCUUCAGCACGUAUUUUAUUUUGACGAAGUCUUUAGCGAAACAUUCACCAAUCAGGACGUCUAUAUAAGGACUGCCUACCCACUCAUUCAGCACGUGUUUAACGGAGGAAAUGCCACCUGUUUUGCAUACGGACAAACCGGAGCUGGGAAAACCCACACCAUGAUUGGAACCCAGAAGAACCCUGGUCUCUAUGCCCUGGCAGCAAAAGACAUCUUUCAGCAACUGGAAACGGUUCAGCUUAAAAGUGACUGCAAUGUGUGGAUCAGUUUCUAUGAAAUCUAUUGUGGGCAGCUUUACGACUUGCUAAAUGACAGGAAAAGAUUGUAUGCAAGAGAAGAUGGCAAACAUGUUGUGCAGAUUGUUGGCCUUCGUGAAGUUCAAGUCCGUAGUGUAGAAUUAUUAUUAGAGAUGAUUCUGAAAGGCUCAAGAGAGCGCAGUACUGGUGCCUCGGGGGUGAACUCUGACUCUUCUCGCUCUCAUGCCGUAAUUCAGAUUCAAAUGAAGAAUUCCAAGAACCGAAAGCUUGGACGAAUAUCCUUUAUUGACCUGGCUGGUAGUGAGAGAGCCUCGGAUGCCAGAGAAUCUGAUAAACAAACCAAACUGGAAGGUGCAGAAAUCAACCAAAGUCUACUUGCACUGAAAGAAUGCAUCCGGGCCCUGGAUCAGGAACAAGCUCAUACUCCUUUCCGACAGAGUAAACUGACUCAGGUAUUAAAGGACUCUUUUAUCGGAAACUCUAAGACCUGUAUGAUCGCUAAUGUGUCUCCCAGUCACAUAGCUACAGAGCACACUCUCAACACAUUGCGUUAUGCAGACAGGGUGAAAGAACUAAAAAGAGGAAUGAAAUGCACCACAUCUCAAUCUGCCCAUGGCCGACCAGCUGCAUGUGUCUCUCCAAAGCGUGUACAGAAUGCACCUGCUGGGUCUGGAGACAAAAUCUCUCCAAAGAAGGUGAAACUGGGACAGCAGCAUAUCGCUGCCUCGCACCAAGCAAAAUCGAAAUCCUGCCCAUCUGUCUUCCACCCCACCAUUAUUCCCCUCUCAUCCACUCCAAAAAAUUGUAGCAAGACCAGCACAGUGAAGGAAAACACAAGAGAUGCAGGGCUCAAUCAUACUACACCAGUUAAAGGAACCUUAAGAUCUGGAGCCAUUGUUAAGAAGCGGAAUGGGAAGCUAACAGAUGGUUUAUACCCUGUCUUCCAAAGCCAUCCUAUCAGUAAGAUAGAGACAGCAUGUGACACGAAGAAUAUAAAGCGGGAAAACAUUGGCAUCCAGAAACCUCCAAAAGUCCAGAUAAUACAAGCAGUUCAGCCCGUGCAAAAGGAAAUUGUCCCGCGGCCUUCAUUGUUUUCAGAUGACGAUUACAGAACAUUGUCCGAUGGGCUUCAAGAUGAAGGUCCCAGACCAAUUGGGAAUGUUAAAUUAGCUUGGGCAGGCAUGCACCCACAACAGAAAGAAAGAGAGCAGCACCUGCGUUCUUACCACAAGCAGUUUCAACAGCCACCGAUUUUCCAACAGAAACUGCAGUACCAGCCAUUAGAAAAGAUCUUUGCUCAGUAUAAGGCCCAAGCAAUAAAAGUGACCUCCAACGUUGGCCAUGGUCAUUCCUCUUGCUCUCAGUCACAAAUGUCGCCUCUAGAAGAUCUCGAUGACAGUGAUUUUAGUGAAGAUUCAUUUUCCUAUUCUUCAAACCAUAAAAAAGGAAGAAAUAAAGUUGAAUUCGGGGAAAGAAUUUCAUUUUAUCUCCAUCAAGAUUCGCCAGAAUUAGACAAGUCCUCGGAAGUGAAAAAAGGCUUACACUUUAAUGAUAAAGACUCCCAGCUGUUUGACCAAGGUGUUGGCUGGAGACAUGGAAUCAACUCUAGUUAUACACAGGAGAGAAAACACACAGAGGCAACUAGCUGGAGCCCACAAAUGGAUUCUAAUGGUAUUCUAAAUAUAACCAUUGAUUCUCCAGAAAAGCCAUAUUCUUCUCAGGAGGAUCUGGGAACCCCUUUGGGCAAACAAAACAAUUCCCAGCACAACCUUAGUCUUGAUAAAGCGAUAGGUCUCUCUCUAAACAAUUCCACAUCCUUAAAAGAACAUUCUGUACACAUCAAAGCAAAAGACUCUAGCGAAGGAUGCAUCAGCAUAUCAUCAGAUUCAGUCUCUGGUGUCAUGGCACCACUCACUGUUUCUCUUCUGCAAGAUAAUUGGUCCUUUGGGUCUGAUCCCUGUUUGGUGCCUCGAGAAUUAUCUGAUAAAUCAGCAGAUAUUGCAAAGAGUUUGAGCCUUAAUGAAGGCUGGUCAGCAGAUGCACAACCAAAUAAAGGCAAAUUACCCAGUGAUGAUCCAUGUGGUCAUAAAUCAGGGAUGGCCAACAAAUGUAUCCAAUAUAAUAAGGCCAUAAAUACUCCUUGUGGAGAUAAAGGGUGGUUUCCAGGGUCCGGUUCUCACUCGUAUUGUCCCUCUUCUUCUAGAUGGUGUGUUAAAGUCUCCGGAAAUGCAAAUCUAUCACCCAGGGGAAAGCAAAAUGAGACCUCUGAUUUAACAGAUACUUCCUUAGAUAUUUUGCUAAAGUCUAGUGGACAAUCUGGCAGCCAGUUGUAUGAUGCAGAUACAGAGGAGACCACUGAUGCUAUGAAAGAUGUUGGAAAUGUGAACAAAACUGAGAAUGAGAGUCUGUCUGACAAGAAUACAACAGAUUCUAAUGACUUGCCUUUAAACGGUAACAGGGAGUCCCCAAGCUUUAAGGAAACAUUCCGGUUACCUUUAAGAGACGAUGAACUGGUGUGUCUGAAAGCCAAACUCCUUCAGUGUCUCUGUGACCAAGGAGGCAUCAAAAAAGAACCACCACCUAACUGCGUACACACGGACACACCAAAAGGCCCUAAAAACUCAACCACUUUAAGCAGCCAGACAAGUCCCACAGAAGGUCAUGGCCAAAAGCCAAGAGCCCAGGAAAGAGCUCAGCAAUUGGUUAUCCAAGCCCAUCGGGAGCAGCUGAAUGAAAUAGCGGAUUUGUGUUCCAGGGAGGAGGUGCUACUGAGUCAGAUAAACGCUUCUGAUUUCAAAGAAUACGUGAGCAAACUGGAUGAAAUACUAAGUGUCAAGUCUAAAUGUAUCCAGAGUAUGCAGGCUCAGCUGCACUUAUUCCUGGCGUAUUCAAUGGCCGAGGAGCCCAGGGACAAAGCCUUUGCCUGAAAAUGGUCUUAUUUCCAUCAGAGAAGCCAAACUGCAGGGGUUGGAGCCCCAAUACAUUUUAAAUGAGAGGGCCAGAAGCAUCACAGGAAAUUUGGAACCCAAUCCAAGGAACAAAAAUUGGCUGGGGGAUGCUGGGAGUUUCAGUUCAGCAACUGCUCGGGAGAUUUCUGGUCGCAUCUAUUUUGGGCAGACAAAACAUUUCAGGGACAAUAAGUGGCUUUAAUGGGAGAAGUGUCUGUGCCGGCUUGCACUGUAACAUAAGGGCAACCUGUCAUCAUUUGGACUUUUAUUUAUACUCUUAAUUUAUUGAUGGUUUUUUUUUUAAUAGUUUUUUUCCCCCUUUAUAUCACCCCUCCAAAUGCAUUCACCCUGUUUGAUAAACAAUCACAGUAUCCAGAUGACAAGUAAUGUGUUUAUUUGAUACAAAUAAAAGUCAUCUCCUGUC